AUAUAUGAACUCUGUGGUGCCGUCCAGGAGCGAGAUAAUCAGAUCAAGAUGCUGAGCGAGCAGGUGGAGCAGUACACAGGAGAGAUGGAAAAGCACGCUCGGCUCAUAGAGGAGCUGAAGAUGUCCACAAACAAAGAUAGAGGUGCUCCUUCGACGUUACAGCAGAGGAAGAUGGAGGAGCUGCAGUCUAAACUGAAAGUGGCGGAGGCCAGAGCGACGGAAGCAGAGCGGGCCUUCAGACGGGCAGAAUCACAUGCUGAGGAAAAAGACAAAGCCUUUAUUGAGGCGUCAAAUCGCCUGAGCCAGUACGAGUCUGGCACUUACGGCUUGGAAGCAGCCAUUGCCGAGAUCAAAGAGUGUAACAAUCAAAUUAGAAUGAGAGAUCGUGAGGCAGAGGCCAUGACCAAAGAGAUCAACCAGCUCGAGCUGAGAAUCAAUGACCUCAUGGAUGAAAACGAGGAGCUCCGGGAAAAACUGGGUCUGGAGCCAAAGCAGGAAGUGGAUCUGACAGAAUUCAGGCGCGCCAGGGAUCUCAGGCAGCGCCAGUACAAAGCCGAAAACCAAGUUCUUGCCAAAGAGAUUGAGCGACUGGAAGAAGAGCGGCUGGAGCUGAAGAAACAAAUCAGGCGCUUGGUGAAAGAAAAAGCUGUGCCUGCUGGAAUCCCACAGUCAAGUGUGCAGCUGCAGGAAGAUGUCUGGUCUGGCAGAAAAGAAGAGGCACAAGGAAGAAUCUACACUGACGACAAGAUCAGACAAAAGAAUGAAUACCUAGAGAAAGAACUGAGCAGCAAGAAGAGGGAGCUUGAACUUCACAAGUCCGAUUUUCAGGCUCAACUGGCAGAGCUGUCCAAAGCAAAGACAGACUUGGAGGCUACGCUGAAAGAGGUUCUUCAGGCCAUUAGGACGAGUCAGCAGACCGGUUCUGAUUCUGUCACUGCCAUCAGUAUGAAAAGCUUGUCUAAUGUGAGUAUCAAAAAAAGCUUGAGAUACAGUUCUUUAUUUCAUUUUUUGUCCUCUUACAGCUACACAACUAUGUCUGUUAUAUCCUCACCUUCCAAAAU